UUGAUCCUUUUUGGGGACAGAAGAAGACGUUCCUUUUUCAUGCUACUGAAAAAAUGGCGCCUAAAUCCCCAAUUCUCUUCUGAUAAUGAAACAAAAACACUGUUUUCCCCAAAUCCCCAAAGAAACUAUUGAGACCCCAAACCAAUAGAGUUCACCAUAAAAUCCAAAUCCCUAAAACGUUUCGAUCCUAAAGCCAAACCCUGACGGGAGCACAUAGCGUAGGAAAUAGGGACCGAGAAAGCCACGGUCACAGUCUUGCUGCUUCGCCGUCGAAGGAAAACCUCUGAUCCUUACUUCGUUGGGUGCGACCAUUCCUAUGAGUGUUGUUACCGAUUCUCCUGUGCAUUCAUCCAGCAGUGAUGACUUUGCUGCAUUUCUUGAUACUGAACUUGGUGCAAGUUCGCCUGACUCCUCGCCGGUUAAAGAGCAUGAAAACCAAGAUGAGCUUGAGAGUCUCAGCAGAAUUAAGAGACGUAAAAUUGAAAGCAUUGAGGAAACUGAGGGGUCUACUUCAGAAGGAAUCAUCAAACAGAAUUUAGAGGCAUCUGUCGAUAUAGAUGUAUGUACGCAUCCUGGCUCGUUUGGAAGUAUGUGUAUACGAUGUGGACAAAAGUUGGAUGGGGAAUCUGGUGUGACAUUUGGGUACAUACAUAAGGGACUGAGACUUCAUGAUGAGGAAAUUUCUAGAUUACGCAAUACUGACAUGAAGAGUUUGAUGUGUCGAAGAAAACUCUACUUUGUUCUUGACCUAGAUCACACUCUGCUCAAUUCCACUCACCUUUCUCAUUUGAGUCCAGAAGAGUCACAUUUGCUUAAUCAGACAGAUUCUCUUGAAGAUGUCUCUAAAGGUAGCCUCUUCAAAUUGGAGCACAUGCAUAUGAUGACCAAGUUACGGCCCUUUGUCCGAUCAUUUCUGAAAGAAGCAAGUGAAAUGUUUGAGAUGUACAUAUAUACCAUGGGUGAUCGGCCAUAUGCAUUGGAGAUGGCUAAGCUACUUGACCCUCGAGGAGAAUACUUCAAUGCGAAGGUUAUUUCUCGUGAUGAUGGUACUCAGAAGCAUCAGAAGGGUCUUGAUGUUGUGUUAGGGCAAGAAAGUGCGGUCUUAAUUCUUGAUGAUACAGAACACGCAUGGAUGAAGCAUAAAGAUAAUCUUAUACUGAUGGAAAGAUACCAUUUUUUUGCGUCGAGUUGUCGGCAGUUUGGCUUCAAUUGCAAAUCCCUUGCUGAACUGGGAAAUGAUGAAGAUGAAACUGAUGGAGCACUUGCAAAAAUUCUCAAAGUGCUCAAACAAGUACACUGCUCAUUCUUUGAUAAACGUCAAGAAGAUCUUGUUGACCGAGAUGUGAGGCAGGUUUUGUCAUCGGUUCGAAGUGAAGUCUUGGGUGGCUGUGUGAUCGUUUUCAGCCGUAUUUUUCAUGGUGCAUUACCAUCUCUACGGAAGAUGGCAGAACAGAUGGGAGCUACUUGUUUGACAGAGGUUGACCCAUCUGUGACACACGUAGUUGCUACUGACGUUGGUACUGAGAAGUCACGAUGGGCAGUGAAAGAAAACAAGUUCUUGGUUCAUCCCCGAUGGAUAGAGGCUGCAAAUUUUUUUUGGGAAAAGCAGCCUGAGGAAAACUUCAUUAUCAAGAUAAAGCAGUAGUCACUUUUCUUAUCAAACACUUCUCUGUUCGUUAUAGUUUUUUGUUACCAUAGCUGUCCAAGUAUCUGAAACGAUAUCUAGUACCCAACCAGCAACCUUUUGAUUGUGAAACUUGAACCAUUCUACCAAUAUUUGUAUAUAAAACUUGUUUUUGCUUUUGGACUAUUUCUUGUGUCAUAGUGGUAUUCGUGCUUGCAGUGAAGUUUUGACGAGAAGGCCGAGAAAAACGAGUAUCUGAUCAAGAAUAUUGUAAAUUACACAUUAUUGAUCAAUUUGACGUUAUUUUUUCCAUUCA